CGCCGGCUCCGCUCCCGCCGGCCCUUCCCGCGCCCGCCGGACCCGCCGCGGAUGCUAAUCGGAUUUACCCGGCCGAGAGGGCAGGGAGAAACCCGGCUGGGUCCGCAAGCCGUGCGGCCGCGCUGUAAACAAUGAGCUCGGAAGCGGCUGCUGCGGCUCCCGUGCCGUGAAGAGCGGAGCGGGGCUCCGCGGGAGGAGGAUGCGUGCGUGGAUGUGAGCCGUGCCUCGGCGUCUCUCCGGGAUGCCGCUGCCAUGGACGCCGGCCGCCGGCGGGGAGCGCGGCCGGAGCCCAGCCUGACCCCGCCGCAGAGCGGGGUGUGACACCGGAGCUUUUUUUUUUUUUUUUUUUUUUUAAUUACUAUUUAUUUAUUUCAUUUUUUAACCGGGUUGCAGUGGAUUGUGGCUCUGCGUUUCCAGCGUCUCUCCAUCUGUCCAUUCAUCCAUCCAUCCAUCCAUCCGUCCAUCUCGGCGCCGAUGCCCGCCUGAAGGGCAGAGCCAUCAUGUACCUCCUGGACAGCAGCGAGCCGCCGGCCGCCGCCUCCUCCCCCGAGAGGAUGCAGCGGGGCACCCCGCAGAGGAAGACCGUGUACCGCAUCUCCGUGACCAUGGUGAAGAAGGAGCUGCUGGGGCCGGAGAGCGGCCGCGCCGGCCCCGAGCUGCCCCGGCGCGGGCGGAGCCGCCCGCCGGGCUCCUCCAGCCUCACCAGGGCCGGGCUGCUGCUGCUGGAGGAGGAGGAGGGCGAGGAGGAAGGCGAGGAGCGGGACAGGGUGCCCAGCCCCUGCGGCUUCCGCACCUUCAGGACGCUGAGCACGGGGCAGCUGGAGCUGGGCCGCCUCAAGGUGCCCCGGAGAGCGGGGCCGCCCCCGCCCGGGGCGCCGCGGGGCAGCGCCGGACCCGAAGCGGUCGCGGCCGCCGCAUCCCCGCCCGGGCAGGAGGGGGACGAGGACGGGGGGCCCGGGGAGCCGGCGCCGGCGGAGCGGGGCCAAAGCCCGAGGCGGCACUCGGGGCUGCUGCGGCGCAGCUUCAGCUUCAGGCACUGGAGCGGCGGCGGCGGCGCGGAGCCGGCCCGGGUGCGGCGGCACAGCAGCUCCGGCUGCCUGCCCGGGCCGCCGCCGCCCUCGCCGCCCGCCGCGCUGCCCGCCGAGCCCCCCGAGAAGCGCAACACGCUGGAUGUGGGCGAGGUGCUGAGCCAGGCGGAGCCGCUGUCCCGGCUGGAGCGCUGGGAGCGCAGCAAGAGCAAGAACCGGACCCUGGAUAACAGCGACCUGCAGCGGCUCUCGGAGCGGCUGGGCCGGGAGGGCCCCGCCGCCGGCAGCGAGCACCGGCUCCUGCGCUUCUUCAGCGGCAUCUUUGCCCGCAGGGACGGCCCCGCCGCCCUCUUCGGCAGCCCCCACGGGCGCUCCCCCCGCAGCAGCUUCUCCAGGUCCAGGGCUUAUUUCAGCAGCCUCAGGAGAGCCGCCGUGGACAUGCAGUCCAGCUCCGAGAGCAUCAACGGGUCCCCCCAGAAAGAUGCCUUUGUGAACAGCCAGGAAUGGACCCUGAGCCGCUCUGUGCCCGAGCUGAAAGUGGGCAUCGUGGGCAACCUGGCCAGUGGGAAGUCAGCGCUGGUGCACCGCUACCUGACCGGCACCUAUGUCCAGGAGGAGUCCCCUGAAGGUGGGAGAUUCAAGAAGGAGAUAGUGGUUGAUGGACAGAGCUACCUGCUGCUGAUCAGAGAUGAAGGAGGCCCUCCAGAGGCACAGUUUGCCAUGUGGGUGGAUGCUGUUAUCUUUGUGUUCAGCUUGGAGGAUGAAGUCAGCUUCCAGACCGUUUACCACUACUACAGCCGCAUGGCCAACUACCGCAACACCAGCGAGAUCCCCAUGGUCCUGGUGGGCACCCAGGAUGCCAUCAGCUCCACCAACCCCCGUGUCAUCGACGAUGCCAGAGCCAGGAAGUUGUCCAAUGACCUCAAGAGAUGCACGUACUACGAGACCUGUGCGACCUACGGGCUCAACGUGGAGAGAGUCUUCCAUGACGUUGCCCAGAAGAUCGUUUCUACCAAGAAGAAGCAGCAGCUCUCAAUCGGACCCUGCAAAUCUCUGCCCAACUCUCCGAGCCACUCCUCCGUGUGUUCUGCCCAGGUGUCUGCCGUACAUAUCAGCCAGACCAGUAAUGGAGGAGGGAGUUUAAGUGAUUAUUCCUCCUCUGUCCCAUCAACUCCAAGCACCAGCCAGAAGGAGCUGCGGAUUGAUGUUCCUCCCACUGCCAACACACCAACUCCUGUCCGUAAACAGUCCAAGCGCCGCUCCAACCUCUUCACGUCUCGGAAAGGGAGUGACCCAGACAAAGAGAAGAAGGUCCUGGAGAGCAGAACAGACAGCAUUGGAAGCGGCCGUGCAAUCCCAAUUAAACAGGGGAUGCUGCUGAAGCGGAGUGGCAAGUCCCUGAACAAGGAGUGGAAGAAGAAGUACGUGACACUGUGUGACAACGGCGUGCUGACCUACCACCCCAGCCUGCACGAUUACAUGCAGAACGUUCAUGGCAAAGAGAUUGACUUGCUGAGAACCACUGUGAAGGUCCCUGGCAAGAGGCCACCCCGAGCCACCUCAGCCUGUGCCCCCAUCUCCAGCCCCAAAACCAACGGCCUCUCCAAAGACAUGAGCAGUUUACACAUCUCGCCAAAUUCAGGGAACGUGACUACUAGCACAUCUGUGUCUCAGAUGGCCAGUGGGAUCAGUCUGGUGUCCUUCAACAGCCGCCCGGACGGUUUGCACCAGCGCUCCUACUCGGUCUCCAGUGCAGAUCAGUGGAGUGAGGCCACAGUCAUUGCCAACUCUGGCAUUAGCAGUGACACGGGCCUGGGAGAUUCAGUGUGCUCCAGCCCCAGCAUAUCCAGCACCACCAGCCCCAAGCUGGACCCCCCUCCUUCCCCCCACGCCAACAGAAAGAAGCACCGCCGGAAGAAAAGCACAAGCAACUUCAAAGCCGAUGGCAUCUCGGGCACGGCUGAGGCCAAACGCAAAGCUUGGAAACUAAACCGUGUUGGUAGCCUGCGAAAUAUUUACAGCAGCAGCAGCACCAACACCGAAGAACAAGAAGAGAACUUUGAGUUUAUCAUCGUCUCUCUCACGGGCCAGACUUGGCACUUUGAAGCAACCACCUAUGAAGAGAGGGAUGCAUGGGUCCAAGCCAUAGAGAGCCAGAUCCUGGCCAGUUUACAGUCCUGUGAGAGCAGCAAGAACAAGUCACGCCUGACCAGCCAGAACGAGGCCAUGGCCCUGCAGUCCAUCAGGAACAUCAGAGGCAACUCCCACUGCGUGGACUGCGAGGCACAGAACCCCGACUGGGCCAGCCUCAACCUGGGAGCCCUCAUCUGCAUCGAAUGCUCAGGUAUCCACCGCAACCUCGGCACGCACCUGUCCCGGGUGCGCUCCCUGGACCUGGACGACUGGCCCAUCGAGCUCAUCAAGGUGAUGUCAGCCAUUGGCAACGAGCUGGCCAACAGUGUGUGGGAGGAGAACAGCCAAGGCCACGUGAAGCCUUCCCCAGACUCCACCAGGGAAGAAAAAGAGCUCUGGAUACGCGCCAAGUACGAGCAGAAGCUCUUCCUCGCCCCUCUGCAGUGCCUGGAGCUCUCUCUGGGCCAGCACCUCCUGAGGGCCACGGCCGAGGAGGACUUGAGGACGGUGAUCCUGCUGCUGGCCCACGGCACGCGGGACGAGGUGAACGAGACCUGCGGCGAUGGCGACGGGCGCACGGCCCUGCACCUGGCCUGCCGCAAGGGCAACGUGGUGCUGCUGCAGCUCCUCAUCUGGUACGGCGUGGACGUGAUGGCGCGCGACGCCCACGGGAACACGGCGCUGGCCUACGCCCGCCAGGCCUCCAGCCAGGAGUGCAUCGACGUGCUGCUGCAGUACGGCUGCCCCGACGAGCGCUUUGCCCUCAUGGCCACCCCAAACCUGUCCAGGAAGAACAACAACCGCAACAACAGCGGCGGGAGGAUGCCCACCAUCAUCUGAGGGGAGCGCCUUGGCCGAGCCGAGCGGCAUCCGCAGCCUCACAUUCCUCCAUCGCCAUCGCAGCUCCGCUCUGUGAGUCCGCUACCUCUCCUCCUCCUCCUCCCUUUUCCCUCCGGUCCAUCCCGAGUGCCAGCGGGGCGUGGGGAGCGCGGGGGGCCCGGGAGGAGCGCGGGGGCUGCGGGCAGGCCCUUGGUUUGGGGGCCGCGCCGGGCGGGCCGCGCGUGGCGCCGGCACCGCGGGGGAGAGGCGAGCCGGAGCGGAAGGAAGGAAGGAAAGAAGGAAAGAAGGAGAGACGGUGACUUUCCCUAAGUGACAGUGAAGCACAUCAGAACAUUUCACCUCUGCGGCGCCUGGAUUUCCAUUCUCUUCUCCCGAAGAGCUUGACGGCAUAAAUCAGAAGCGAGCACAGAGUUUGUCAGGUUUGAAGCUCCUAUGAUGGUAUGUGUCAAAUCAGUUGUAGCUAAUCUGUCCGGGGAGAAUACUGGCUUCAUUACACUUGUAUAGUUGAGUUCUUCCAGCAUUACUGCUGUUUAAUAGAACAUGAUUAGUCAUCACGGAGAAAAAAGCAUAUUAGCUGAGGAGGUAGUUACAUGGCACGCUUCGGUGAUUGCUUGGAUGUGAUUGCAAUAUUCUUAGAAGCAUCAUAUUAUCUCAGACAUGUUCUUUCGAGCCCUUGGAGCCCUCCUUUCUAAAUUCACUGUCAUAAUUUAGUAUCUGUUUAAUUUUUCAGUCCAAAGAGAGGAAAUGAGUUGCUGAGUGUUAUUUGACUGCAGUCUCCUUGGUGUAAAAACAAAAUGGAAAAAAUAAAUAAGAGUAAGCCUGAAACACAAAAAGGAAUAAUGAAUACCGCUGUGGAAAACAACAUUUCAAGUACAUUUGGUGAAAUUAAUAAAUGCAUUAAAGGCUAUUUUUUUUUUAAUUUUUUUUUUUAUGUUUUCAGCCAGCAGAAAUAGGUUCUGUCAUUUUGCCAAGGUAAAUUGUGUUGAGUUUUUGGUCACUCCUGUGAUGCAUUGCCUAACUUAUACAGAUUUUUGUAUUGUGUCUCUAGAUUCUAUGUAUUUAAAAUCUAUUUGAAUAAAAAAAAGGACCGUAAA